AUGUUGGGCAUUUUAAACUCUUGCUUGUUUUUAACCACUCUUGCAUACAAUCUAAAUGAAAAUAGUGAUUGCAUUUAAAACCUACAAUUUUUUGUUAUUUAAUUUUUAACUCCUAUUUUUCAUUUGAAAUUUACUCAUAAUUUACUAUUGGAGCCAUUUAUUAAUGCUAAAAUGUAGAUUGCUAAAUUGGUCUUUUAAUUUAUUAUUCAAUGGGUUAUCUGCUUUCGAUAUCUAACUAUUACGGUGUUUCAUUUUGCUGAACAUUACUAGUAUUUUCUUAAUUUGUUUCAUCUUUAGAUGGUUAUUAAUUAUUAGUUGAUUGAUUUUGGUUCUCUUCUAAAUUCUUCUCCUAAAUCUAAUUUUUCUAGUAUUUCUCUUUUUAUUUUAAUAUGUCUGGUUUAUAAUUGGAUGAUUGGCUUUCUGUUUAAUUUGAUGAUUAUUCCUCUAAUGUAUCUUGUCUGUAUAAGGAUUCCCAGCGAGUUGAUUUUUCACAAUCUAAUUAUUGAUAUUUCUCAGAAUAUUUUUUUGUUUUAAUAGAAAGCAUUUUUUAGAGAUUUGAUUCCAUGUUAGAUAAACUAUUGCAUGAUUAAAAGUUCUUUUAAACACAAUCAAAGUAGUUAAUAUUAUUAUUUGUUUGCAAGGAUUUGUUAACUCCAUUUAAAUCUUCUUUGA